UCGCCGGAGUCGCUCAAGCCACGCGCGCUGCACUAACGAUCCAAUCCUGAGCCGGGCAACGGGUGGCGCUUUGGAGCGGGCGGGGGCGGGGGGGGGGUCCGAGCGCAGCAACCCGACCCACUUCGCCCCUCGCCUGCCGGCUCCUGGGAGCUCGCUUCCCCCUUAACCCCAAGUUGUUCUCGGGCGCUGAAACUAUUAAAUGGGCUGCCUCGCUUCUCAUUUUGGUGUUUGACUGGCACUGCCUUAAAUGUUUCCGUUCCCCUGGGACUAACUCUUCGGAGUAAUCCCGCUGGGAUUUAGGAGAGGAGAAAAAUUGGUCUUUCAGAAGCUAUUCAAUGCGCUUAAAGCAUGGGCCGUAAAAAUGAAGGCUCGACUUUAUAAGCAUCCUUAUAAAAGGGGAUUUUUCUUUAUUUCGUGUGAAGGCGCUUUUCAAGCGCGUGCUGGUUUCUGUCCUUUCCAACCUCGCGCCGUUUUUUGUGGUCUUUUUCUGCCUCCCAAGAACUUCGCUUUUAUUUCCAGCCAUUAGUGGGUGCUUUGACACGUAGUGACCGGAAGACUCUAAAAGACCCUGUCGCCUAGCAACCGCCACCAUAUCCUAAACAAAACUGAAACGCGAGGAGAGAAAUCGGCACUCGCAAUUGACAGUUUUGGCGGCUGGCAAUCCUACUACUGCGAAAGUCUGGAGUAUGUCACCCGCUAGGAACUCUUUUCCAUUCCCUAAUUACGAAAAUGAAAAUACAUACAGUGGUAAUAGGAAUGCACAGAAAAGCUCCUAUUGCAUGCCCCCCCACCUUUCUCAGCAACAAGACACCUGGAAUCGGCUACAUGGAAAUGCAACUUUAGCAAGCAUUAGAAGAGAAGUCUGGUACUCAGAACCUGAGAUUUCUAAAGACAGUUUGGAUUUUAACCUCAGUUCUCUAUACAAUCAUCAUGAAGACCUGCUUAAAGACAAAAGUCAAGUAGUCCUCCAUAAAGAGACCCUCCUGGAUGAACAUGGAACACUGAAGGGUUUAGAGCCUGUGAAGAAAUACGCUUCAGUUCAGCAUCCUACCUCCAAGGGUAUUACUGUGAAACACUGGGUUAAUCCUGUAAAAGAAUCUAUCCACCACAUUGAGGGAGCCAUUGAAUCUCCACAUACUGCUGCCACAAACAGUGGAUAUUCCCGUAAAGAGAAUGGUGGGAUCUUCUAUCAUUAAUGUUAUUUGCAGCGUCAUGUCACAGUUUUAUUCCCUUCUACCUGUAAUUGCUGCCCAUAUGCUAACUCUUGGCUCACUGUAUGCUUAGUUUUUAGAUCAUCCAUUAAACCAGGCAACUUCACUGAAUUUUAGUAAAAGCUCAGCUGUGCUGUAUCUGAAAAAGCAGCUUGUUUUUGCCAAUGGACCAAACCGCAAAUGUAUCAGACCUAAUAAAUUCAUAUAUUUGAUUAGGAGAAUUCAGAUAAUAGAAUCUAGUCCACUUUGGGUCAACUCCAAAAAAGGUACUAUUUAUUCUGAACCAUAAACAAUAUUAAUUUACACAAUUUUAGCUAAAAGUAUCUUAGUUAACAACUCCAAAGCAAAAUAUGAACAUUGACUAAAUCUUCAAAAAAAAAGUGUUUUUCAAAAACAAAAUGCAAAUAGAACUUCAUUCCUAAAUUAUUCCUAAUACAGUUAUGGAGUACUUGAGAACACAAGUCACGACAAGAACAGAGUGAUCCAACUUCUGAGGGCUAAAAACUAUUACUGGUAUAUCAAGAUCAAAAAGAAUUCCAACAGGAACAAAGGCCAAAUGCCAAAAUACACAAUUCUAUAACCUUUAAAAAAAGUUCUGCAAGAAAAAAAAUUGCCAUAGAUCAAGGAGACAGAGUAUCUGGUGUCAUUCAUAAAUGCCAUGGCUGUGUGCAGACAGAUUUAACAAAAGCAAGCUGAAGCCAAAGUUUGCCAAUACAACUGAAUCUCAAAUCCAGCCCAUUACUGAAAUGGUAUUUUCCCUUGGGGCUUUAAGCCUGGUACUUUUGAAACAUUUUAGAUUAGUUAUAAGUGUGGGUGAUAAGAAUUUUUCUAUACCUCCCAGAUUUAUCCACUUCCUGUCUCCUGCACAGAAUUAAUUUUUGACCCUUUAUCUUCACAUAUAAAGCCAUACUUUUAAAGAUUU